ACUUGUCUUCUAAGCUCCAUCGUCGAACGGUAGCAAUUCUCAUCAUCUUCCUUAAGCAUUCCAUCGAACACUUUCUCCGCUCGGUCUCGCAUUUUCACCGGUAAACCCAACAACCAUGUCGCUCAUCCCAAGCUGGUUCGGCGGCCGCCGCAGCAACGUCUUCGACCCUUUCUCCCUCGACCUCUGGGACCCCUUCAAGGACUUCCUUCCUUCCUCCUCCCUCUCCGCCUCUAAUUUCCCUCAAACUGUCCGGGAAAAUACUGCUUUUGUGAACACGAGGAUCGACUGGAGGGAGACCCCGGAGGCCCACGUUUUCAAGGCAGAUCUCCCCGGGCUCAAGAAGGAGGAAGUCAAGGUGGAGAUCGAGGACGAUCGAGUGCUCCAGAUAAGCGGCGAGAGGAACGCGGAGAAGGAAGACAAGAACGACACGUGGCACCGGGUGGAGAGGAGCAGCGGGAAGUUCAUGAGGAGGUUCAGGCUGCCGGAGAACGCGAGGAUGGAUCAGGUGAAGGCGUCGAUGGAGAACGGGGUGCUCACCGUCAGUGUUCCCAAGGUGGAGGAGAAGAAGCCUGAGGUCAAGGCCAUCGAGAUCUCCGGUUGAGAGUCGGUGAAUCUAUGGUCCUCGUUGCGACUUGUGCUAUAUAUAGAGCAAGUAUGCUGUGUUAUGUGUGGGUUGGGAGGCUCGGUCCCAUGGUGUCUGAUAUAGCGAUAUGUCGUCCCAUAAUGACUCUUUACUUGUAAUGAAAUUCGAAGUUACUAUUUCCUAACUUCUGUUUGAGGUGAUGUUGGUUCCUCAAAAGUCUUUUGAUUGUGGUUUGUUCGUGGGACGUUCCUUAUUUUGAUUUACAUA